GGUCGCGCAGGCAUUACCGCAGCGACACCUUCUUACCGCCAUCAUGUCUGACCUCUCGCCGCGGUCGCACAGUCCCCAAAAUUAUCGGAAUAUCCUUCACUCUUCUGAUGACGAUGGCGACACCGCUUCGCAGCGUUCAAUCUCGUUGUCGUCGCCAACAACGUCCCCGAGGAACUCUACCCUUAACGAACCUCACGAUUCUAUGCUCCCAUCGCUGUCCUCCGACUCUUUUGCAAAGCGCAUCUCAAAACCGUAUACAUUGGACACUGAUUACAGCUCCGAGGCCGAUGAUAUGAGCUUUUAUAAUCGAGAUAGCCAUGAAAGUCCAGUUACUUCUGCUGCCCCCUCAGUAAUGGAAGAAACUAAGGAGCCCGUUGCCAGCCCACGAAUGGUGACCUAUCCUCCUAGAGGGGUGGAUACUGAAUCUAUCGCCGAGUCGUUUGCUUCUGGCUCGUCGAGGAAAGCCCGUCCCGAGUCUAUGCUCGUUGUCCCGCCUGUUGGGCCUUUGGUUUUGGGUAUCGCUUUAGUAGAUUUCAACCAUCUGGUUGGCCCGAAGAUAGAAUGGUCGAAAGGAGAAAUAUUCGAGGACGAAGAAGUAGCCAAGAUACUACCAUUCCUGGCUUUGCCUGACGGCGCUCAUUUAAAUGCGGAAGAUUAUUCAUAUUUCCAUCUGGUACCUUCAGGACCUAAUCCCACCACUAUCUUCGGUAUCUCGUGCAAUCAGCAAAUCGCCACCUCUGCUCUCCUAGUCAAGAUGCCAGAUGUUACACGUUCAACGGUUCAAAAAGCUGUUGUGGUUUUGGCGUCAAAACCGGUCUUUGGCCCAAUACGUGAUAAGCUAGGUGUUGUGACGACGGCACUUUUUAAUCAAAGGGAUUUCCAGGAAACUCAAAUCCUUGAUGAUUUUGAAGUAGCGCUAGAGCCAUCGCUCCGUGGUCAGCUGACGGAAAGCGGAUUGUACAUGGGAACAAGCUUACGAGAAUUUGUGCAUAUCUUCCGACAGCGCACUUUGAUUCUUGUGAAAGCAUUGAUGCUGCAAAAACGGAUCCUGUUUUAUGGGCAUCCUGUCGAGAGACUAUGCACUUACCAAUACUCCUUAAUUUCCCUUCUUCCGGGUCUAUUGCAAACGCUGGACGAUUGUGGUUCUCCACCCUUAGCAGCUCGUGCGCCAACGCUCUCUCGACCGUCUUCCCUCCGCACAUCUGAUCACAAGAGCAUGAUGGCAUAUACCGGUUUGCCACUUGAUAUCUUUGGCAAGGAUGCAUUCUUCCAGCCAUAUCUGCCCUUACAACAAAUGGAUAUGCUCAAGGAAACCAAGAGUUGGCUCUGUGGAAGUACCAAUUCAAUUGUCACUCAGCAAAGUGAUAUAGACCUUCUUGUCAACACUGAGACUGGCGCUUUCGAAUUCCGUGAUCCAAAACUGGAACGGUCAGCCGGUUUGACCCCAGCCGAUAGAAAGUGGAUGGACGAUAUUGUUCAGGAUGUCAAUGAAGGCUGGAGCGACGAAGACCCCACGCGCUCUCAGGGAAUGCAGUUCAAAGGUAGCGACGACUACCUCAGAACAAAGUUCGAAGAGUACAUAACCGCAGCAUUGGCGUCGGUCCGGUAUCGUGACUUUGUCGCGAAGGGCGAGGGAAAUGGUGUCAUUAUUACAGGGGGGACCGGUUCGUUGUUCCCUUGGGAAGAUUUCAAUCCAUUGUGGAUAUCGGAAUUCAAGAACACGAAUGCUUAUGAGGUAUGGGAGAGAACAACUGACCCGUUGCUCUUUGAUAUCGUGGAACCACGGCAUCCUUGCAAUGAAAAGCCUUCUGUUGUAGCCGAUAUCGGUCUGCGACUCACUGAAGGGAUUCAAGAGUUGAAACUCGAGCAACAACUUGGUCCAGCCAGAGAAGCGGUGGCGCGGACAAUUACGGCAGGGUCGGCUAAUUUUUUCAAAGCUGUGGAAGGUGUACGAGGAAAAUGGAUGCAACGAUCGGCAUCCAGCUCGUCGUCAACGAGUGAUGAAACGAAAAAUUCACGCUCCAGCACGCCCGUAGAUAUCACGAAGGCGGAUUUGGAAGGUUCUGAGCUAUCCACUGCCAAACCAACAUUGUUUUGGAGGAACUCUUCUGAUUCAAAGCAGUCUUCUCCUCAGAUUCAAUCCCAGCGUCCCAACUUUUCUGCAUGGGGAGCAAACAUCGGCGCGUUUGUGUCCUCACACGCUUCUCGGUUUUCACUUUCACGAACCUCAACUGAAGAUUCGAAUACAAACACGAACACGACAACGACAACGACAAAGACUGCUGGCAGUCCCACUGUUUCGCCAAGGGUAUCAUUUACGGCUUCCCCGACGAUAGCGUCGCCGCAGUCCUCCCCAAGCAUAAUGUCCAUGCCAUCCCCGCAUAGAUCACCGGAAUUGGCAUCUGUGCCUGAAUGCCGAACAGAAGAGCACUCGGAGACCACAGGCAUGGCUCUAUGACCUCUGUUCCCUGGUUUUGCCUUGUCUCAGGACUACAGACAGUUUCCAAUCAAGCAUGGUGCAUUUAUUUAAAAAAUUACAGCUCUGAGUUAGCUAUAGUCACAUAUACCCGAUAUAUACACAUAUAGUACAUGCAUAAUGAACUUGGUCACUCGCCGG